UAAUAUAAUAGUUAUUUGCAAGAAAAAUGAAAUAAAUAAAAAAAAAUUCGCAUAUUGGAUUAUCUAAUUUAUUUGUUACUGCGGUGAGGUUAGAACUCAACGUAAUACAGCCGGGCGGCUAUUAAAGCAAUAAAUUGUCGACUGGCAUACGCUAUCGUUACUUCCAGCUACGACAGCUACCGCGGCUAUCGGUAGCCGGCUAUAAUCAUUAGCUGUCUAUGUCGACGACAGAUAAACUAGCUGCGGCUAUUAUUUGUAUAUCCGCUAUAUAGCUGGUUAUGGGUAUAGUUACACAUCGCUAUCCAUCCCUUGUCACUGUCACUUGUCAGCGCCAUAUUAGUUUUGAUUUGGAAGACUGUGAGUGGUGUGAAGUGUGCUUUAAAUACGUAUAUUAUUCAAACUUUUACUCUUUUAUGCUAGUGUAUAGUUAAUUUUUAGGAAUUUUAUAUAGUUUAUAGAAUAAGUAUUAUAUUUUCAAUAAUGGAUGUGCUGCUAACAUUGCUUUACGUGUUAUUUUCAAUAUGUGUGUUAUAUCCACCCACGGAGUUCGUAUCAGCUGGCUUCGUCAUCGCUCAGCUAUUUGAAAACUAUUUGGGUUCGGAAAAAAAGAACUUUAUUGAAUAUCAUACGAAGAGGAUAACGAUGACCGCUCUAAUACAUUCCACGUUACCAUUUGGGUAUGUAAUUUGUUUGUGGUGCGGGGGCGAGCGAGGGCCGUGGAUGUUGUCGGCGGCUGUGGGAACAGCGAUUUUACCAAUAAUGAUGUGCUAUAAGAUACUGUGUUGGUGGGAAUACAACAGUACCAAACAUCCCGCUGUGAGGUCGCUGCUAUAUUAUGCCUCACCUGGACAAGAUUGGCGAGUGGUGGCUAACAGCCUUAAUAUUGAAUUUAGAAGUGUUGAUAAAGUGUCCGUACCAUUAACAGCUACAAGUAAAUUUGUAGCCACUGAAACCUGGCUCAUAAAAGUGUCACAAUACAAGUUGAAUAUUGUGAAGCAGGACGACUGCACACUCAUGGUUACUGCUACGGACAAUCAUAAUGUCACAUCAUCGGGAGAAGACAAAAUUCAAUAUGUGAAUAUAGAAGCAAUUCCAUCUGUUGACGAAGUGGAGCGCUUCGUGUUUCGUGUGUCGACAGCUGCUAUGAGGGACCUGCUGCAGAGGCUGGCCCGCCCCAUAAGGGUGCCCGAACACCUAUCUCUCUUAACCACUCAGAUCGAGAGAUUUGUCGCAGUGUUCAAGCAACAUAUUGAACAGAAUCCUAUUUAUUAUGUGGACCAGGAAAUAGAACAGUGCAUCUGUUGUAUGCAGAGUCAAGCGGACGUGAAGAUCACGCGCCGAUGUUUGGCACCUCCACCACAUUUAGGGGGCGGCCUACAGCAGUGCAAAAAUUGUAACUGCAGGGUGCUGUGGUGCGCGGCGUGCAUAGGGCGGUGGUGGGCGACGCGCGCGGCGGGCCCGCAGGAGCGGUGGCUGGCGGGCCGCUGCACGUGCCCCGUGUGCCGCGCGCCCUUCUGCCUGCUGGACGUGUGCCCCGCGCGCCCCGCGCGCCCCGCGCCCCGCUCCCAGGCUCCAGUCUAGUUGUCCAACUGCAUACUUGCACUUAAAAUGAACAACUCUAGUGCUGACCGAACUUUGAACAAAGUUUUUUACAAGGUCGGCUCUCAAUGAAAUAAAUCUGUUUUCUUCUUUUAAUUAUUAUUGAAUUAAAGCAAUGAAUUCUAAUUUUUUUUUUUUAUUCUUUGACUACUCGCCAUGAUAUUAAUAUUUUGUAAUUGUAACGAUUUGUAACUUGAUACUUGUCAAUAGGUAUUGUUUUAUACGAAUUAAUACCCGUUAGACGGUUGCUGUUCUUGCAGUAACUGAAUUCAGUCGUCAGAUACAAGUAGCCUACAAAAUUUGUGUGGGAUAUUUAUAAGAGAUGGCCGUUUUCUUUAUUUUAGAACAUAAUUUUUCGUAUUUUUAAGUGAACAAAAUUUUUACUAUUAUAGUUUUUAAUUGUACCACCAACAAAAAAUUACUCUAUUUGCCGGUAAUUAGUAUAACUUUAGAAAUAUCUUACUUAAUUUUAUAAAUGUGAAAAUUUGUAAAUAUAUAUGUUACAUGUUUGAAUGUUUGAAACUGCUGAAUAGAUUGGAAUCAAUGGUAAAUUGUGUAUUUAAAUGUUUGAUGAUAAAUGUAUUUGAAUAUAAUAUUACCCACCUAAUGUAAUUCUAUUUUUACACAAUCCAUUUUUAUAUUGUAAUUAAAUAUUAUUAAUCGAUUUAUAUGUACAUUAUUGGUGCUUAUAGAGGCUGUGAUUUUUUUUAAACUUAUACAUUUUUUAAUAUUUAUAAUUAGGUUACCAAUGAUUUGUAAGUAAUUUCGAAUGUUUAAACUAGGUAAAUGUUGCUUAAAUUAGUGUCUAAAUAUAUAAAUAAAUGUAAAUAAAUGUAUUCAUUUAUUUUAAUCUUUUGUUUAAUUUUUUUUUUUUUUGUAACCAUUAACCCUUAUUUGAAAACAUUAAAACCAUAAACCUGCUACACUAUUUUAUUAUUUCAGCCGCUAACUGUCCGCUGGUGGACAUAAGCCUUCCCAGUAAGGGGAGUUUUGCAACUGCUGUUGCCACGCUCGGCAGGCGGAUUGGCAACAGCAGUUAGCCCAUUGUGACGAAUUCCACUAGAAUUAAUCACGACGGUUUCCAGGGGGAACCGCGUGCAGGUAGGGUGGUACCUGGUAGGGCGUAUUGCUGGCAAUGGGUAAGUUAGACCCUAUUACCAACAAUCCCUUUAAUUUCCCCAAAUAAAUGGGUUUCGUGUGUCAAUUACAACUCGUCCUCUAUUAACGUGUCUUCUAUUCUUCACUAUCAUCAUAUUCGUUAACUGUCCACUACUGAGCAUAAGCAUCCUGUAAGGAGUGAGGCGUAUUUAUCAUAACAUAUAUAAAUCACAAGUAUUCGAAGAUCACGGAUGACUGUUGUUCUUGCGAUAUCAUUAUAUCCGUUAAAAAAUAUUAAGUAUUUAUAAUUCACCGUACUCAAGUUAUUCGACCACUAUCAACAAUCAACAUUUUCAGUAUUCGAUAACAGCCUAGUGACCGGCUUGCGACAUAGAUUAAAAUAACAGAACAACCAACAACAACAAAAAUAUGAGACAACUAUUCUUGUCUUUGUCUUUUGUAUAAUAUUGUCAUAAGCUAAAACGAGACACAUCUAGUAUUUAUUUGAAAUAAACCAAAAUAAAAGUAAGUCGUUAUAUGGUGACGUUAUUGUCCAUGGUAACGCUCAUGUCUAUAGGCGACGAUUACCACUUUCUAUCAGAUGGGUUGUCAUCUCGUUUGCCAUUCCAAGUUUGAUAAAGGGAGAAAUAAAUAAAUCAAAAUAAAAAACAAGUGUGUUGAAUUUGAUUUAGUCUGUAGCUCUUGUUUCUUGUCUACAUCUCUGUUGUUUAUUUAAUUUAGUAUCCCUCUGUUGACACCAUAUCUUUCUGGCUAGCUGGUUUUCGUUUAGAAAUAAAUGCAAAGGUAGUACCAAAACUUGCUGAAUUUCUUGAAUUUCUAGAGAAGCGUGCCCUCGCUAUGGAAAACACAUCUGAAGAAAAGAUGCCAGCUUCAAGUGGUUCAGCUAAAUUCACCAAGCCUUCUCUAUUUUACUUACAAUCAUUUUCUAUUUUAGCUUCUUUCAACAAAUGGAUUGAAAUGGAUUACACAUAAACGAUCUGCCAUCGUUUUUAAUUACAAAUUGAUAAUUUCAAUGCAAUUAAAUAUUGCAGAACUCGAAAAACAAAUGAAUUUAUUAGUGGAAUACUAUGCAAACGGAGUAGGAAACAAAGCUUUUGAUUUUGACAUAAGAAAUCGAAGCUGUAGGCUAGGUUGUCGGCGAAAACGAGGCUGAUGAUUUUUGUUAGAGAACACCAAAUACAAUGACAAAAUGUCAAACCGCACAGCCUCGAGUAGUUCCCGUUUACUCCGCUCGUCUUAAAGCUCGUAGUUGAGCGCUUGUGUCGCGUGUUAGGAAUUAGUGAAUACCAUUUCAAUAUUUCAUCGCUGCGUCAAGGUUGAUGUCUAGGCUGUUUGUUUAUAAAAUGGCACUACAGUUGACGGUCGGUUAGUCGGCUAUAACCCAUAGUUGUAUAUGUCGACGACAGAUAACCUAUUCGCAGCUAUUCUUUGCAUAGCCGCUAUAUAUCUGGGAAUCGGUAUAGCUACCCAUCGCUAUUCACCACUAGCGAUGGGUAACUAGCCAAAAUUUUAAUAACUCGUAUCCGGCUAUUUAUGAUGUAAAAGCUGGCUAAAUGGCCAGCUAUUUGGCUAUCAGCUAUUAUAGGAAAGACUCAUUAUGAUCGACCCAAUAGCGAGAUGCUUAGCGUUAGUUAUUUAGUUGAACAACUGCCCAGCCACACCACAUCGGAUUCGAUUCUCAACGCAGCAAUAUAAUGUUAGAUAAUUCGAGUGUUUUUUCUUUUUAUUUUUUUUUAUUUUGGUUAUAGUGGUGCAAUGUAUGUAAUGAGUUAAAAGGCUUUAAGCUAUUUCAACUAUAAUCGAAUAGGCUAUCUCAAACUUUAAAUUCACAGAUCGUAGAUGUCGCUAACUCUUAUUGAUAAUAUAAUUUUUUUCUUAAUA